GGACCAGGCGCUAGUCCCUCCUCCUCGUCCCUCUCUGCGGUCGCGAAGCCCCGAACCGGCGGGAGCCCCCUGCUCACCAUGUCGGUCGCGCUCAGCAACAGGUUCCAAGGAGGGAAGGCGUUCGGCAUGCUCAAAGCCCGGCAGGAGAGGAGGCUGGCCGAGAUCAACCGGGAGUUUCUCUGUGACCAGAAGUACAGCGAUGAAGAGAACCUGCUGGAAAAGCUCGCAGCCUUCAAAGAGAAGUACAUGGAGUUUGACCUGAACAAUGAGGGCGAGAUUGAUCUGAUGUCUUUAAAGAGGAUGAUGGAGAAGCUUGGGGUCCCCAAGACCCACCUGGAGAUGAAGAAGAUGAUCUCUGAGGUGACGGGUGGGGUCAGCGACACCAUCUCCUACCGAGACUUCGUGAACAUGAUGCUGGGGAAACGGUCAGCUGUCCUCAAGCUAGUCAUGAUGUUUGAAGGGAAAGCCAAUGAGAGCAGCCCCAAGCCAGUCGGCCCCCCUCCAGAGAGAGACAUUGCCAGCCUGCCCUGAGGACCCCUGCCUGGACCUGCCCCGCCCUCCCUGCCCCUGUUCCUCCUCCUGAUCUCGCUGCCCUCUCGACUCA